AAAAUUUAAGACCCGGUGAACCAGAUGGACCGAUCCAUUGACUCAGUUAGCAUGCCAAGUCAAUGUCCGGUAUGGUUUUGGAAACAUUGGAAAAAACUGUAACAUCAUAUAGAUAUCCAACUGAGUCGUAUCUCCAAGACGAGUCACUGGUCUAACAUAUCUCCAUCCCCGUUUUCUCUGCCUCCCCCUCAGAUCUGGUCCUCCGCCGGGUUCCGACAUGUCGUCCUCCUCCGCCGUUAAUUCUCUCUUCUCCGUUUACUCCGCUGUCGCAUGCGUCUUCCUUCUUCUCUCUCCGGCUUUGGCCUCCGAGUCAGAUCACAAGUAUCAAGGGGAUGAGAAGGUUACGCUUUGGGUUAACAAAGUUGGCCCAUAUAAUAAUCCACAAGAAACAUAUAACUAUUAUAGCCUCCCGUUUUGCCGCAAAACUGAAAAUAGCAUUCACAAAUGGGGUGGUCUUGGUGAGGUCCUUGGUGGAAAUGAACUCAUCGACAGCCAGAUAGACAUAAAGUUCUUGAAAAAUGUUGACAGAGGCGUGAUCUGUCAGUUGGAACUCGAUGAAGCUAAGGUCAAGCAUUUCAAAGAUGCCAUCGAAAAUAGUUACUGGUUUGAGUUAUUUAUGGAUGAUUUGCCUUUGUGGGGUUUUGUGGGCGAGCUGCCUCCUGGAAAAAAAAGUGAAAACGGCAAGCAUGCUCUUUACACUCAUAAGAGUAUUAAUGUCAAAUACAACAAAGACCAGAUUAUUCAUGUGAAUCUCACACAAGAUAAUCUAAUACCGUUAGAAGCAGGGAGGACGGUGGACUUGACAUAUUCUGUGAAUUGGAUCCCAACCGAUGUCACAUUUGCUCGUCGUUUUGAUGUUUAUCUAGACUAUCCGUUCUUCGAACACCAGAUCCAUUGGUUCUCCAUCUUUAACUCGUUCAUGAUGGUUAUCUUCCUUACUGGUUUGGUCUCAAUGAUAUUAAUGAGGACACUCAGAAAUGAUUAUGCUAAAUAUGCUCGGGAAGACGACGACCUGGAGAGCUUGGAACGGGAUGUAAAUGAAGAAUCUGGAUGGAAACUCGUGCACGGAGAUGUGUUCAGACCACCAAGUAGUCUGGUUCUUCUGUCGGCUGUUGUUGGCACAGGUGCCCAGUUGGCUUUGCUUGUUCUUCUUGUCAUAUUAAUGGCAAUCAUUGGGACACUUUAUGUUGGGAGAGGAGCGAUCGUCACAACUUUUAUAGUUUGCUACGCUCUGACGUCAUUUAUCUCUGGUUAUGUGAGCGGUGGAAUGUACUCGAGAAGUGGUGGUAAACACUGGAUCAAAUGCAUGAUCCUCACAGCGUCCCUCUUCCCAUUCUUGUGCUUUGGGAUUGGAUUCGUCCUAAACACAGUCGCCAUUUUCUACGGUUCUCUUGCGGCUAUUCCUUUCGGAACAAUGGUGGUCGUCUUUGUAAUUUGGGGUUUCAUUUCGUUCCCUCUUGCCCUCCUCGGGACAGUCGUUGGUAGAAACUGGAGUGGUGCCCCAAACAAUCCAUGCCGAGUGAAGACAAUCCCACGUCCAAUCCCUGAGAAAAAGUGGUACUUGACUCCAUCAGUAGUCUCUCUUAUGGGAGGUCUCUUACCCUUCGGCAGCAUCUUCAUUGAAAUGUACUUUGUCUUCACAUCCUUCUGGAAUUACAAGGUAUACUAUGUGUACGGGUUUAUGCUGCUUGUCUUUUUGAUUCUUCUUGUGGUGACCGUCUGUGUGACGAUCGUGGGAACAUACUUCUUGCUGAAUGCGGAAAACUAUCACUGGCAAUGGACAUCGUUCUUCUCAGCUGCUUCUACCGCGGUUUACGUCUACUUAUACUCGAUCUAUUACUACUACGUAAAGACGAAGAUGUUUGGGUUUUUCCAGACCAGCUUCUACUUCGGAUACACCUUGAUGUUCUGUCUGGGCCUCGGAAUCCUUUGCGGAGCUGUGGGGUUCUUAGGAUCAAAUCUGUUUGUGAGAAGGAUCUAUAGAAACAUCAAGUGCGACUAGAGAGAGUGACCGAACCAAAAACGCGGUAAAGAUGGAUCGUGGAAUGUUCUUGGAGGCAGUUAAUUCUGUUAGAAAGAAUCUUCUAGGUUAUUAUACACAAGGGAAAGUUGAGAAUGAAUGGAGAAAGAGGUUAUAUGGUAAUCAAAAAUUUAUAUUUAUUUUAGGAUUCAGAGAUACUUGCUGGUUCUAUUGUCUUUAUAGUCUGCUAGCCAGCCACCAGAAAACCCAAUUUUCUAAUUUUAUUUUAAAAAUUAUAACCGCAAGAAAAAGAUUGAAAACGUA